CUCCGGGAGUUUUGUUCGGCAAAGUUAGUUCCUAAAGUACGGCCACAAAUCACGGAAAAUGUUACGCAGCCUGGCAUUCACGACGGCACGGAUGCUGGCCAAAGCUUCCUAUCCGAGUGCCAUCUCCACCGGAACACCGCUCACCACCAUUCACCCAGCCGCAAUGGGUGUGAUGUGGAAAAGUUAUGCAAAUGCCCCGCGUGCUACUCCCGUGGAAAUUCGAAACGAGAACGAAGACACACCACGGUCGGAGCAGCAACCAAGCACAUCGGCGGUGGACUUGGAAAAAAGAAGAAAAGUUCUCGAGCUGGAACUGGAGGUGAUGCGCCAGGAGGGCCGUAAGGUGCCUUCGCUGUCCAUCAUCAAACCGGAUCAGUGGGAUCACUUGCUAUCCCUCUCGUCAAGAAACCAACGACGCCAGUACUAUCUGUAUCUGUGGAACAUCGAGAUGGUACGGUUGAGCCAGAAGGCGAAAAAGGAACGGAAACAGCAGGAAAUCGCGAAACGGCGCGAGGAACUGGUGAAAGCGACGGCCGAGAAUGACCACAUCGUGUACGGGCUGUUUCACAAUACGAUGUUCCUGCGGAUAUACGACUCCAAAGUUGACCAUUUCCACAACAAUCGGCUCGUUCAAGCGAUGCAGUACGGUAUCAAUCUCGUGAUCGAUUGCUCGUACGAUGAUUACAUGAACGACAAAGAGAUGCGCAACACGGCCAAGCAGCUGAUGCUGUGCUUCGCCCUGAACCGCUCCCAUCCGGAACCGUUCAAUGUGCAUCACUGUAAUGCGAACUUUGGCAAAACCACGAUGCGUGCCCUGGAGAAGCACCUGGUGCAGAUCCAUCAACCGGACUUUCCGUUCAACGUUACCGAGCGAAGCUACACGGACCUUUUCCCGAAGGAGCGCCUCGUCUACCUGACGCCACACUGCAAGAACGAUCUCGAAGAGUUCAAUCCGGACGAUAUCUACAUCAUCGGUGCCAUGGUGGACAAAUCGUCCCAGGAAGCGGUAUCGUUGGGGAAGGCCAAGAAGCAGGGUCUCCGGAUGGCACGCCUUCCGCUUGAUCGGUACUUUCAGUUCAAGAGCGGCAAAUCGCUUACCCUCGAUCAGAUGCUCAUGAUCAUGCUCGAGCUGAAGACGAGCAACGACUUUGAACGAGCGCUGAAGCACGUUCCCCGGCGGAAAGUGAUCGAUACGGAUGAGCUGCGGACACAGGAGCUAGCCCAACAGAAGCAGCGACACGAGGCGAGUAAAUUCAAGUUCAACCUAAAACGUCCGGGAAAUGAGCAAUGGAACUACAAGAGAAAACCACGAUAG